AUGAAGUGUCGUUGGAAACGACUUAACGAAAAUGCAAACAAAUGGGUGGCUGCUUGCAGAGAAGCAAACGCGCGAAGGAGGAGUGGAAUGAGCGACCAAGAUGUUGAGAAUGAAGCUCAUAGCAUCUACCAAGCAGCAGGCGACAACAAAUUUCAUGAUUUAAUAGUGUUUAAUGAAGUUAUGAGCAAACAUCCAAAGUGGUGUAUUCAUGAUACAACACAUGUAUUUCCUAACAAUGAAAAUGUUGCUUAUGAACAGGAUAGUAGCAACUCAAAGAGGAAAAAGCCUUCUGAAUCUGGCGAGUAUACUAUCCUUUCGAAACCGGAAACUCCUACAUCUGGUCAUUCAACUAGUUCUCGGUCUAUAGGAAGAGACAAGGCAAAAAGAAAAGGAAAUAGUAAGGUAACACAAUCUGAUUCUACUAAUGAUCAAGUUGUUGCAGAACUUCAAGCACUAAGGCUAGCUAAAGAUAAUGAGAACGAAGUAGUGAAGACUCGACUGCAGAUAGAGCGUGAAAAGCUGGAAAAGCCCUUUAUGAAGAUGUACCAAAAAUGUUGA